AUGGCGUCUCUCACCGCCGAAGGCAGUCAAGAUGUAGUUAUGGCUCAAACCGAAGACAUCGAGCUGUCAGCUGGAGCCUUUGCUCCCCCAAGCCCAGCCAAGAACGACGAGGCGGCAAUGGCAUCUCCCGACGACAACGAAGGCCUCCGUGAAGGCCCAUCCAUCUGGGGAAAAGAGGGAAGCACCACCACGGAGCAGCUCACCGCCACCUACGCGGUCCCUUUCAAGGCGGUAACCAAGAAGAGGAGCCCCGUUGGUGAUGACGGAUCCCAUCUUUCCCCCGGUGGUCGUCCCAUUCUCCUAGUCAAGUCCACCAUCCCCACCUGCGGCGGCGAGCGUCGCCCUCGCUUCGUCAUGCGAGUCGUCCACGAAGGCCGCAAGAAAAGCAACGGUCAUGUGAUGGAUGGUCCUGCUCCGACCACCAAAGCCCGCGGGUAUGGUGUUGUCAGUCCGAACCCGAUCAACCGACAGAUCCUCAUGCAGAAGCACUUCCACUGGGCUUGCCACUAG